AUGAUAGAUAAAGCAAAGCAUGAACCAGCCGACAAGGGGCCUGACGAGAAGAAGGCGGCCGAAGUCAUCUCAGUACCAAAGAUCUCACCUGACGAAUGGGUGCACCUGUUUGAGACGACUGGAUUGUGCCAGGCCUAUGAUCUGGAGUCCGAGCACCCAACCCCAGCUGGAAUCCCCCUCUUCAUCGUUCAGCGUGGGAGACAUGAUCAAGAAGGUCGUCCAUUCCCUGAGAAGCCAGCGUUUAUAGUGGACGACAAAAUCCGGAAAGUGGAAGAGGAAACAUACACGGAGCGACGAAAGUACCUCGCAGAAAGCGGCUUCUCGUCCGCCGACCUUGCUGUGGUGGUGCCAUACGUGCAAGCGUCAGUCCAGUCCUCCAAGUUGGAGAAGGAGCAGUCUGAGCAGGACGUGACCUCCAAGCAGAUUGACGAGUACAAUAAGCGGAAAGCAAAGGUGAAGCGCUUAAAGCAGGCGGUGCAAGAGGCCUUCUUCAAAACGCCGCUGGAAACGCUAUUGAGCAGGUAUGAAUCUGACGUGGCCCAGGAGAUUCUGAAUGAGAGAUACAAGGAGUACAUGGCUUCGCAAAGAAAGUGGAAGGAGCAGACAAAAGCUAGAGAGGCGCAAGAGAAAGCCAAUAUGGAGGCGCCGCAGAAAAGCAAGGUCACAGGCGAUGGGGACAGGGCCGGGCCUUCCCCUCCGCUUCUUGUUCCGUCACGAAAAUCUAAAAUUCCCGAAGGAAGCGGUCAAGAAAAUGAGGCUGAGAGCUUCGCAGAAGGGGCGAACCCUGUCACUGGCAAGGCCGGCGCGACAUCCUCUAGCGGUGGCACAACAAUUUGGGACGCCGGAGCCGCAAAUCACAGUGGUCGGUGCGUAGUAGCGGCUCAGUCAGCACUAAAACGGGAAGGUGCGCUUUCGGAGAUGGUUGACCCUGGCCCAUCGAUGUCAGCCUUGCCCGUUGGCCGCCUCGGGAAAGAAGAGCCAAUUUCUGCGGGCGCAGAUGAUGAGGACAAUAAGCAUGACAUGGAAGAGACAGGUGCAAAUCUACCGGAUGACGUCAACGCUGUUGUGCCGGAGAAUGGAGGCGGGGGAGCGCCGGCAGGCGAGGGCCAAAAGCGGUUUGCUAGGCUACUUUCAGGAGUGCGGUCGUUUUGGGGAAG